AUGUAAAAUUUAAUUCCAAAGGCUGUAAUUGAGUCUAAGUCUUAUAAGAUUUCUCCACUUACACCAAUAUCUGAAAAGGUAGAGGAUGAAAAUACCACGUCUUAAACUUAGCAGCAAUUCUUAGAAUAGCUAUAGAAUAAGGAGAAAAGCUCUCAGUCUAAGCUAGAUGAAAGUAACAACAAUGAUGACAGCAGCAACAUCAAGAAUAAUAUCACUAGCAGCACAGUCAUUGACAAUCAUCAGAGCUUGAUAAGCGACAUAUUUAAUAAAGAGGCCCCUUCAACUGAGGUACAAUAAAUUGCUGUUCCCACUGAGAUUAGAAAUGAGUCCUCAGAGGAUGCAGAGGAUCAGGAUUUAGAUGUUGAAAUUGAUGAAAAAAGUGAUACAAUUGCUAAUGAACCUGAUAAAGAAGUUAAUGAGGAGUUGGAUUAUGAAGAACCUUUGCAGAUUAAUACUUAAGUUAGAAAGAGUAGUAAAUAUCAAUGCAUAGUGAGAAUUGAAAAUGAAUAAGAUCAAAAUAUUAGGUGCGAUAUAUGCUUGCAGUAUUAAUCUGAGGAUUAAGAUCAACUAGUUAUCUGCGAACUUUGUUUAGUCUCUGUGCAUCAAUCAUGUUAUGGACUUGAUUUAGAAAAGAGCAUCCCCGAUCAUGAAUGGUUUUGUCAGAGAUGCUAAGAUUUAACGAAGAAUCCAAAGCUAAAACCAGACUUUAUAAAAUGUGGGGUAUGUCCUAAUUUAACUGGCAUCCUUGUUAAAAUUUAGAAGCCAAAUAGUUUGAAGAUAUAAUGGGCUCAUCCUAUUUGCAUAAAUUGGAAUAGAUCUUUAAAGUUCGAGUACUAUCCAGAUAAAAAUGCAUUAGUUGGAGACUUCAAGGAGUUCUAAAAAAAGGUCUAGAGACUUGAAGAAAUUUCCUGCUACCAGUGUUAGAAGCAUGAGGGCUAUAAGCAUCUUUGCGAUUAUCGGAAAUGCACAAAAGUUUUGCACAUUUAAUGUGCUGCUGAUAAAAAUAUCAUCUAUGAUUAUGAGUAGAUGAUUUAAGAAUAAUUGCUGUCAAAAGAGAAGUUCAAUUAGGUUUAUAUAUUCUGCGAGGAUCAUAAGAAAUUAGGGGAAAGGAUAUUGAAAUCCAAAGAGUUGACUUUGAUUGAUAGUAAUUUAAGGGAAAAAAUUUGUAGUAAAAACCCUCUUGAUGUUUUGAAAAGGUUCAAUCCAAAGCUGUCCCAAAAAUAAUAAAGCAAAGCAGAUGGGUUAUCAUCAAAUGCAAGUCCAAUUGAUCUGAAUAAUUAGGUUGCUCAACUAUUGCCUAAAAAACGAGGACGCAAGCCAGGCACAAAAUUGGUGAAUAAGAAAGCAGUUUUGCCAGGGCAAUAAACUUUAGUCCUAGGAAAUGGGAAUUCAAGUAACUUACUAUAAGUUAAAGCCUUACUAAAGGAGAGAAAGAAAAGAGGAAGAAGGUCAUAAGCCAUCAUAAAUGAACUUCGAGAAAAAGCAAAUAAUGAAAUUGAUUAAAAUGACAUCCAAACUGAACCAGUGGUAAGUGAGGAGGAGAUUGAGGAGGAAGAGGAAGAUAAUUUAUCUGAAAAUGAAGAACCUAAUAAAAGAUAGAAGGUAUCAACAGUCUAGCCUAUGCCUUUGCCUACUGCUUAAAUCAAUGACUAGGCCAAUACAAAUGCUCAGCUAAACAACAUAAAUCAGAUAUUUUGCUAAUAGCUCUAACAAUUUCCUCAAAUAAUGCUUUAAAACAACUAAGCAGCUUUAGGCUAAGCACUCCAAUAGCAAAUAAUUUCAGCAGCUUCCCCUUAGACUGAUCCUUUCAAUGAUAUAAUGACUAACUACUAACUUUAAUAGUAGAUGCAGUAUUUCAUGCAAGCCUAAACUCAACUAUAACAGCAGUACUAGCUAGCCUUCAAUUAAUAGCAAACUCAACUAUAAAAUCAAACUCAAUUAAACUCAAUCAAACUGAAGGACAAUCUAGCGUCAGUGUUAAAUUCACUAGGCCUAAAUUUCAAUGGAAUUAAUAUAUAGCAAGUAGAAAAUUUCAUUAUGGCUUUGGGUAUUUAGGCAUUUUUGGAGAGAAGAGAUAAAGUUGAGGAAAAGAUCAAAUUUUAGAGGCAAAGUCAUAGUGAAUAAUAAGUCAAUGUAAAUCAGCAAAGCUAAGCCAAACCUUAGUAGCAGUAGUAAGUAUAACAAUAACAAUAGCAAACUCCGAUUGUUGAACAAAAAUUAUAGCAAACAGAAAAGCCAAAGUCAGCAAAGAAACAGGCUUUGCCAGAGAAAAAACCAUUAAGAGUAAUAUCUAACUAGCAGAUAUUUAACUCGACAUUGGUAGAGCCAGUGAGAGUUGCUGAUUCAAUAAUAAAUGAGGAAGAUAAUCAGCAGCCAAAUGAGUAAAAUGUUGGCAAUUAAAAUGCUUAACAAUCUAGUAUUGAGAUACCAGAUGCAAUAAAGAGUUGUGAUUAGAAAUAAAAUAAAUCAGAUUAACCUAUUAAUUAAUAAGAAUGA